AUGUCAGGACUUCUCAAUUUGCUGCUGUCGGGCAAGUGUGCAAUCUGUGUGGGUUUGUUUGAGGUCUGCAUUCCUAGUGGAGCAUUCCAUCAAACUGUUGUUACUUGGCUGGAUGGAAGCUGGAGGGACUUCUGAAAGAGAGAAACAUCUAGAUCACAAGGAGAGAAUACAAUGCUACUAAUUCUGCCUAGGGAGCCACAGGACCAUGGAAGUCCACGAAUUAUUCCGGUAUUUUCGAAUGCCAGAGCUGAUUGACAUCCGACAGUAUGUGCGUACCCUUCCAACCAACACACUAAUGGGUUUCGGAGCCUUUGCAGCACUCACCACCUUCUGGUACGCCACAAGGCCUAAGGCCCUGAAGCCACCAUGUGACCUCUCCAUGCAGUCUGUGGAAGUAGCGGGUACGGAUGGUGCACGGAGGUCGGCGCUCCUGGACAAUGACAAGCUCUUGGUGUACUACUACGAUGAUGUCCGAACGCUGUACGAUGGCUUCCAGAGGGGCAUGCAUGUGUCAAACAACGGUCCUUGUUUAGGGUCUAGACAGCCAAACCAGCCCUACGAGUGGAUCACUUACAAACAGGUGGCAGAACGGGCUGAAUGCAUAGGCUCAGCACUGAUCCAGAAGGGGCUCAAAGCUUCCCCAGAGCAGUUCAUCGGCAUCUUCUCUCAAAACAGGCCGGAGUGGGUGAUCAUCGAGCAGGGAUGCUUCGCGUACUCCAUGGUGGUUGUCCCACUCUACGACACCCUCGGAGCCGAAGCCAUCACCUACAUAGUAAACAAAGGUGAACUCUCUGUAAUUUUUGCUGACAAGCAAGAAAAGGCCAAAAUGUUAUUAGAAAGUGUAGAAAAUAAGUUAACACCAUGCCUUAAAAUCAUAGUCAUUAUGGACUCCUAUGGCAGUGAUCUGGUGGAACGAGGCAAGAAGUGCGGGGUAGAAGUCAUCAGCCUAAAGGCUCUGGAGGACCUUGGAAAAGUGAACAGGAAGAAGCCAAAGCCUCCAGCACCUGAAGAUCUUGCAAUAAUUUGCUUCACAAGUGGAACUACAGGCAACCCCAAAGGAGCAAUGAUCACUCACCAAAACAUUGUGAGCGAUUGCUCAGCCUUUGUGAGAGCGACAGAGGCCGCAUUCAUCGCUUCCCCAGAUGAUACUCUGAUAUCUUUCUUGCCUCUCGCCCAUAUGUUUGAGACCAUUGUAGAGUGUGUAAUGCUGUGUCAUGGAGCUAAGAUAGGAUUUUUCCAAGGAGACAUCAGACUUCUUAUGGACGACCUCAAGGUGCUUCAGCCCACUAUCUUCCCUGUGGUUCCGAGACUGCUGAACCGGAUGUUCGACAGAAUUUUUGGACAAGCAAACACUACGGUGAAGCGAUGGCUGCUGGACUUUGCCUCCAAAAGGAAGGAAGCUGAGCUUCGCAGUGGCAUUAUCAGAAACAACAGCCUGUGGGAUAAGCUCAUCUUUCACAAGAUACAGUCGAGCCUGGGUGGGAAAGUCCGGCUGAUGAUCACGGGCGCAGCCCCAGUGUCUGCCACAGUGCUGACGUUUCUGAGGACAGCUCUCGGCUGUCAGUUCUAUGAGGGCUAUGGACAGACGGAGUGCACUGCUGGUUGCUGCCUGAGCUUGCCGGGAGACUGGACAGCAGGCCAUGUCGGUGCCCCCAUGCCUUGCAAUUAUGUAAAGCUUGUUGAUGUGGAAGAAAUGAAUUACAUGGCUGCCAAGGGCGAGGGCGAGGUGUGUGUCAAAGGGGCAAAUGUGUUCAAAGGCUACUUGAAGGACCCAGCAAAAACAGCAGAAGCCCUGGAUAAAGAUGGCUGGUUACACACAGGAGACAUUGGGAAAUGGCUGCCAAAUGGCACCUUGAAGAUUAUCGACAGGAAAAAGCACAUAUUUAAACUAGCCCAAGGGGAGUACAUAGCACCAGAAAAAAUUGAAAAUAUCUACCUGCGGAGUGAAGCUGUGGCCCAGGUGUUUGUGCAUGGGGAGAGCCUGCAGGCAUUUCUCAUAGCAAUUGUGGUACCAGACGCUGAGAACCUGUGUUCCUGGGCCCAGAAGAGAGGACAUCAGGGAUCCUUUGAAGAGCUGUGCAGAAACAAGGAUGUCAAAAAAGCCAUUCUGGAAGACAUGGUGAAACUCGGGAAGGAAGCUGGUUUGAAGCCAUUUGAACAGGUCAAAGGCAUUGCUAUGCACACGGAAUUAUUUUCUGUUGACAAUGGCCUUCUGACUCCAACGAUGAAGGCAAAAAGGCCAGAGCUACGGAACUAUUUCAGGUCACAGAUAGAUGAACUAUAUUCCACCAUCAAGAUUUAAUGGGAGGAGGAGUACUUAGAAGAAAUGGCGCACCUCCACAGUCCUCCUCGUACCAAGGGCCUUCGCGCUGGUAACUUUGCCUGCAGCAAGUGUAGGAAAGGAAACUGCCGUGAUGGACUUGUCCGCAGGGUCUUACCAUAGGGAUAUUAGAGGGCACGGAACACUGCCUUACAGUCACCUGUGUUGCAGCCCAUGAUCCUGGUAAUACACAAUUUCCAAAACGAGCCUUAAAUAUUGUAAAGGGGAACCCAUAACAGUGCUAAGUUAUUUAAGACUUCUUCAACCGAUAAGGUGGGUGUUAAAACUUCUGUCUCCUGUUUUUCUAACCAAGGGGUUAGGACCUGCUCUUUCUGAUAUGUCUGCUACUUGCUGCACAUUCUGCAGCUGUCUGCUGCUCUGAAGGGUACAGUGCACUGGAGGAGAGCUGUCCCUUUAAGAACAACUGUCCAGGCUGAAGAAAGUCACAGUGGACCAGAGAUUUUCCCUCCCUCCUCCCUUCUCCACCUCACACACAAAACACACAUAUGACCCUUCUGAUUUGUAAGGGUUCCAAAUGGUCCCUGUUGUGCCUGCUGGGACACAAGGUUCCCAGUAAACUAAAGAACAGAUCCUCCUCAGAACAAUGAGGAUGCCCAGUCCCAGAGAAAAGAAAAGAAAAAAAUGGCGGCUUCCUAGAGCCAGCAGCUUCCAACUCACACAGGAUGCUCUGGCCCUUCUCCAAAUCUGGUCCCCUCCUCCCCCCUUUCCAGGGGUUAUGAGAAAUCCUGCCUUAGACUCUGCAAUGAAGAUGGCGUUCAAAAAACGACCUGGAUCGGCCAUGCUCAACUGUGACGCCUCCGCUGCUGUCCACCUGCUCCUCAUGGAACAGCUCAUCUGUGACCACUGGGCUCCAAGCGUGGUUUUCCUGGCAAAUGAUGAUGUGGUGAUCAAUUUGCUUUUCUUUUCCUCCCAAUUAAACUCAGGCAAAGCAUGUCUUCGAAACUAUUAAGGGAGUUGAUAUACAUGGGGACUUAUUAAAAUGGACAAGUAAUAAGUAAAUAUCCUUACUAUAAAACUACCUGAUUUCUGUGAAAUGCAUUUGACAAGCCAAAAUUCUGGGAUGAAGAAAUCUGGGAAAAGAAAUCAUAUCCUGGGAUUAACGUCUCAAGGGAUUUUUUUAAAAGUUAAUUUGGGAAAUGAGCAUUUCACUUUCCUGUGAGUCUUUGCCACACCUGACCUAGUCAAGCUGUUGUUUAUACAUCUGAAGCCACCGUCGCUGGCUGUGUGACAGCGCGUGAAUUAUUGAAGCACAACUGGGUUUGCACUAAAGAGCCGUCAUUGUGAUAACACUAUUUGGUAGCCUAACUUCAUAUUCGCAUUCUUCAUUGCACAGGAAGUCGAUAAUUUGUCACAAUGGGGUUUUGAAUGUUUGCUUUCAGUGUUGGCUAUUUCUAUGUUUUAUAAACCAAAACAGAAUUUCCAAAAAACAAUGAAGGAAACCAAAAUAAAUAUUUCUGCAUUUCGA